AUAUUAGCCAAACAUUGUCCAAGAAGAUCCGGUUUAGAAAACCGGGAAGGCCUCCAAAGCGGUGGGGUUAACCGGGUAAGAGGCAAAGUCCAUAAAUAUUACAAGAAAUGAAAGUACUACUGUGUUCAAGAAGAAGAAGAAGAUAUGUAUGUGGUGGAGAGCAAAGCAGGAGCUAUAGGAUGUAUGAUACUUUCGUUGUGUUGUUUGGGAAGUUGGCCAGCGAUUUUGACUCUGUUGGAGAGAAGAGGUCGUCUUCCUCAACACACUUUUCUUGAUUUCACAACCGCUAAUCUCUUGGCCGCAAUCGUGAUCACUUUUUCGCUCGGUGAGAAUGGGAAAAGCACGUUUCGUACACCUGACUUUACCACUCAGCUCCCUCAGGUAUGGUCCCUUCUACUUCUUGAUAUUCUUGAUAUAAAAGUUAAUAUAAAUUUGAUUGGUAAUAUGAGGAAUUUACAGGAUAAUUGGCCGUCAGUAUUGCUUGCAGUCGCAGGCGGUGUGCUUCUUAGCGUUGGGAAUUUAGCGACUCAAUACGCUUUUGCGUUUGUUGGUUUAUCGGUUACUGAAGUUAUAACCGCAAGCAUCACCGUCGUCAUUGGUACAACGUUGAACUAUUUCUUGGACGACAAGAUAAACAAAGCAGAUAUACUUUUCCCUGGUGUAGGUUGCUUCUUGAUCGCUGUUUUCCUCGGUGCUGCGGUUCAUGCUUCUAAUGCAGCAGAUGUUAAAGCGAAACUCAAGUCUUUACCUAGCGAGUAUAAAGAUGGGACACAAGAUUUCUAUUCUUCCAUUAAAAAUGGUGAAGACAACCCUGAAAAAGAUAAAACUGAUGUCGAGUCUCAAGAGAAACAAGCGGGAAAGGCGAAAGCAGGGACGGCAGGGUUCUUUGUAGAGCUAGAGAACAAAAGGGCAAUCAAGGUGUUUGGAAAGAGCAUAAUGAUCGGACUAUUCAUAACGCUCUUUGAGGGAAUCUGCCUUUCUCUAUUCUCUCCUGCAUUCAAUUUGGCAACAAACGAUCAAUGGAGCACAUUGCCAAAAGGCGUACCUAAGCUCGUUGUCUACACGGCCUUUUUCUACUUCUCCGUCGCGGGUUUUCUCAUCGCUUUGAUUCUUAACCUCAUCUUUCUUUACCGGCCUAUGGUAGGCUUAGCGAAGCCAUCUCUUAAGAAGUAUGUAAAUAACUCUAAAGGUAGAGGUUGGGCUGUUUUCGCUGGAUUCUUGUGUGGGUUUGGUAACGGUUUGCAGUUCAUGGGAGGUCAAGCCGCUGGAUACGCGGCUGCAGACUCCGUUCAGGCACUUCCUCUUGUGAGCACAUUUUGGGGUAUAGUUUUGUAUCGUAAGUCAUCGAAGAGAACCUAUGCGGUUUUGGUUAGCAUGUUGAUCAUGUUUGUUGCGGCCGUGGCGAUUCUCAUGGCAUCCUCCGGUCACCGGAAAUAAUGAUGAGCUUUUUGUUAGUUCUAUUAUAGACACUUGAGCAUGUUCAAAACAAUUUAGAAAUAAGUAACAAAUAUAUCACAUGCUUUGUUUAUGUUAUGAAUUUCCUGAUAAAAGAAGAGAGAAAAGUUAGGUA